UGUCUCAGCUUCAGCACAUUGUCGUAGACCAUCUGGUUAUGGACAUAUCCCUGCUAGGGCUGUGACAUGCUCCUGCACACUGUUAGCAGCCUCCUGCCUGCCUGGCUGUGGGUCUGAGCCACAUCCUCAUCACAGCUUCUGGAGAGGGCUUCCCGGGGGACAGGACUUGGGAGAAAUCAAUUACACAAAGGAGUGGAGCCAGGGCCAGAUGGCAGGAACGCUCCAUCCCAACCUGGGAGGUACUCGUGGGACAGCCGUGGCCACGCAGGGCUGUGUAAUCAGAUGAAUCAAUUAGCAGAUGUCGGCAUGGUGAGCAGAGUGAGCAACGCUAGCAUAGGUGUGUGUGACAGCAAUCAUGGCAGAGGGGGACGCUUUUCUUUUCCCUAAUGGAUAUCCAGCAACAAGUCCAGCUUUUCUAGACCCAGAAGGCUGGGAGGAGAGGGCUUGGCUUGCCCCACGCGCAUGCCUGGCUGUUGUCACCAAGCUCAGACAUCCUUACAUCGCAGGGCUGCCGCUCUGCCAAAGCACCAUGCUGCAGCUGUCUCUAACCGUGCCUCUGGCUGCUCCUUGCUCUGUGUCCAUGCCAGCCAGCUGGAUUCCUCAGCUAGGAUGGGAGAGAAGCCCUAGGAGGGGCCCAUGGCCAUACAUGCUGCCACCACAGCUCUCAGCUAACCUUGCCCUGUGCUCGUGUGCUGCCUCCAUGCCCACAGGUGGCCUGUUUUCAGAAAAUGCCUCUCUCAGGAGGGCAUGUACAACACAGAAGUAGUUGGAGAAAAAGCAGUGCGUAACUUGGGGAGAGCAAAGAAGGGAAGGGCUGACAGCAGAAAUCCCACCUCAGUGUUUUGUUGAGGGAUGGGAACUGAAGCCUUUAAUCUGUUUUAAGUACAUUCACCUGAAUGCUAUAUCUUAUUAGAUUGCUUUUCCUGACGGGUUACUUUUCAAUUGCAUUCUUGGCCAGCUGAGAGUCACAAAUGCAGCGAUGUAACCUGUGCCGCCCCUCAGAGCACUUUCCCAUUGCUUGAGCCGUUGUUCACAUGGCAGACACUCCACAAACACUGACACACAUGUGACUCCCCAUGCGCUAUGGCUGGCGUGAAAGCCCUGCAGAAGUGGGAUGCAGCUGAUAUGCCCUGGCAGUGCCCCAGCAUGGAUAGGUUUGGACAUGGGUCUCUGCACUUUUGCUUGCCUUCCCCACACUCUAGCUGCUCUUGGCACUGCAUCCUGCCCCAACCUCCUCUCUGUGUCCCCAUUUAAUUUCUUCUCUUCCUGGCAUCCAUCUGCAGUGCUAGCACAGCCCCACUGCCUGGCUCCUGCCUUGGGCUCUAUGCUGAUGAACACCAGGCCAGCCUCACUCCACCUGCCUCCCUCUGCUUCUGUAUGAGCUCAUUGCUUCUGCCCUCUGAUCCCCAGGCCGCCUGGUGCUGCCAGUUGGGAUCCAGCCACUCUAAGCUGCAGCAGAGGAGAAUUCAGCUGCUGAGAUGCAGAGCCAGCUGUGCCUGGCUGCAUGUAGUUCUGCCUUCCCCUUCCUGAAGCCUACAGCUUCACCAACUUCAGAAAUAUUUUCAGAGGCUGUUUCUAACCACAUCACUUUGAAUUAUGAGAGCAGUUCAUUAGAACAGUCAGAUUUGUUUUGUUGCAUGGGAAAGAAUUAAAGACAUAUUUCCACACAUUUCAUUUCAGAUGGCUGAGACAGAAAGCUUUUCCUUCUGCUUCACCACUGGCAAUGCCGUAAGCAGCCAUCGGGCAGGCCUCUGCUGCUAGGGCUCCCCCAGUUCUUUCUGGUGCUGCUGGAAGGGGCUUCAGUCAUCUCCCUGCUCUGUUCAGCAGGUCCCUCCACCUGGAAGGAGCCCUCAGUGCUGGAGCAGCCAAGAGGGAGCAGUGGCCAUGAACGCCCACGGCGCGGUGGCCGCACUGCUGCAGGACUGCGAGCGAUCGUUGGCCGCACUGCUGUCAGCCAAGGCAGACAUCCGUGAGGAAGAGGAGCAGGAAUACCAGCGGCACCAAGCAUUGCUUCCUGAUGACUUGAGGACCCUUCUGGAGGAGGCGAAGGAAAUGAAGUGGCCCUUUGUGCCAGAGAAAUGGCAAUACAAGCAAGAUCUGGGCCCAGAGGACAAAACCAACUUGCAGGAUACGAUUGGUGCCAGGCUCCCUGAUCUACUGGUUUAUUUGAAAGCUUCCAUCAUGGUCAAGGAUUGUGUGACGGCAGCUGCUAUCGUGUUCUUGAUUGACCGGUUCCUGUACUGGAUUGAUGCCUCAAGCAAACUCCUGAAGAUCGCCAAGGGCUUGCACAAGCUGCAGCCCACCACACCAAUUGGUCCUCAGGUGGUCAUCCGCCAGGCUCGCCUUGCUGUCAAUGCAGGUAAACUUUUAAAAGCUGAAUACAUCCUCAGCAGCCUUAUUAAUGACAAAGGAGCAACAGGUACCUGGCAAUAUGCUAAGGAAAGUGAUAGGAUCCUUGUUCAGUCAGUCUGCUUACAAAUCAGAGGACAGAUUCUGCAAAAGCUGGGGAUGUGGUAUGAGGCAGCAGAGUUAAUUUGGGCUUCAGUUGUGGGAUAUUUCAAACUUCCUCAACCAGAUAAAAAGGGAAUUGCAACUUCCUUGGGUAUUCUGGCAGAUAUAUUUUCUUCCAUGAAUGAGAAGGAUUAUGUACGUUUUAAAACCAAUGCAGCGAUUAACCUGACUCUUCUCCGGGAGUCCAGCCAUCGCUUGCUAUCAGCUGCUGAAGCCUGCAAAUUAGCAGCAGUAUACAGCCAGUAUACCCCACUGUUUGUGCUCACAGCUGUGAACAUCCGUGGAGUGUGUUUGCUGUCCUAUAGUCACUCCAAGGACUGUCCCCCAGAAAGGAGGAAGUUCUACUUGUCUGAAGCCAAAGAAUCCUUUGAGAUCGGCCUCCUCACCAAGAAUGAUAACAGUCAUGUCGCCAGCAAGCAGGAGCUCCACAGUUUUAUUAAAGCUGCUUUCUGCCUCACAACUGUGCAUCGAUGGCUCUAUGGGGAGAGUGAGAAACUCCGUGAGGUUGAUCAGCUUUGUAGAGAAGCCAUAGCAAAACUGCAUACCUAUAGCACUUCACUUACAGAAGAGGAAGAGAAAGGAGUGCUUGCGGAAGAGAUCAUGUCUCUGAUCACAUCUGUUAAGAAGCUCCUAGUAGUGGAAACCUUUCCUAAUUCUGAUGCCAGGUCUUAUGUGCCAGACAGCUAUAAAGGGGCAGUGAAAAAACCUGUCCUGCAAGGGGAAGCCAACUUUGAGAAAAUCCUUGCCAUGAACUCUCAGCACCAUCUCUCAGUGUGUGAAGUGUUUAAAAAUCCUUGCAGAAUUAAGGAAAACACACUGGGAGAAACACAUGUGGGAGCUUGUAUCACAACUUUAAAAACAGAAACCAAAAAUACAGACACCAUGUGUACCACUGAUGACACAGUAUACCAGAGGAAGGGUGCUGGAAAAAUGUUUAGUACACCAAAAGUGGAAAGUAGCUCAGAGAAGCCCAGUGGCCAAACAAGAAACAAACAGAGCAGUUCUGAUGUGAGAAAUAUUUCCACUGAAAAAGGGACCAAAUCAUUAAAAAGAAUAAUAAUUGAUGAAAACAGUGUUUUCAACAGAUGGCAAAACAGAAGUCAAACCACUUCUUCAGAGAAUGCUUGGUGCAAGCUGUCACUAUCAAGUUACUCUUCCAGCUGGGAGGAACUGAACUGUAAUAGCAACAAAGAGUCACCCAGUGGAGGACAGAAACAAGAAAAGGGCUCAGUGGAGGAGCAAUGCUGCACAACAGAAACAGAUGAAAAUGGUCAAGCUGCUUACAUGCACUCAUUGUUGCCCAAAACUCAGUAUACUUCUCCAGGAGAGCUUCCAUAUAGUUGUUUGAGGUCACCUCAGCCUUUCUUAGGGGUAGUAGACACAGCCCUAGCUAGAAGGCUUGGGGAGAAGGCUUCUCCUGAGGGAGCCAAGCUGAGGGAGGGAGAGAACUCUUCGGAAGGGAAAGCGGAGACGAAUAACACAGCGAACAACUCGGUUCCUUCCCUCACCGCUCCUUCUUAUCCUGCCAGGACGGAGGAGGAGGAGUGUUCUUCCUCCUCCUGGGCGGAGCUGGAGCCCUGGGUGAUGGCCGCCCGGCCGAUGGACGCAGGCUGCAGCACCAAGGACAGCGCCAGGAUGGGCCACCUCCUUUCUGGGAUGGCCGCGUCCCCGCCCCAAAACAGUUGUGUGGAGCGGGACCCGGGGGGAGGAACCCUGGACAGCACGGAGCACCCCUCGCCCGACGUCAAUCGUCCCACGAGUAGCGCUGCUGCUGCAGGAUCUACAGGCAGCGAGCCAAAAUCAGCCAGCAGCUCCUUCGUGAGUGAGUGGCUGAGGAAACCUGCAGCCACGGUCGGACACAGAUCUCUCAAAGUGCUUGAGGUUGACCCCCAAGCAGAAACUGUAGAUGAUACUGAAUUUGAUUUCAUCAGUACUGGAGAGUUAAUAAACAGUUCUCCCAGAGUGACUGCUCCAGAGCUUCUGGUGGCUCCAGGUGCACCAAUAGGUUUGCCUUUGCGGGGAAACACAUCUGUAACAAAACACUUUGAUUGUGCCAGUACAGAAGAAGAAGAGGAAGAGGAAAAGCCUCAGAGCAACAAAAGACUGUUCAGUUCAUCACUGCGUCCAUGGCACAGCUCAGCUCAGAUGCCCAGCAAUUCCCCUGAAAGUCCUUUUUUAAGCCUGAGGGGAAGUGGUCUUGUCUUCACACCUGGGAGAACCAAGGAAGAAAUCCUUGAUGCUCGGAUUCUGAGGGAUGAUGACUACUUGCAGCUUCUGGCAGGAGUAGAACACAACUGGCUUGUCCAGAGACUGAUGCCUACUGGAAUGUUUAAGUCUAAACAGCUUCAUAAAGCAUACUCUGCUCUUCUUUUGAAAUAUUCAAAGAAAUCAGGCCUCUGGACGGGCCAGGAAACAUCUGUAUUCAUUGGGGACUACCUGAACGUGGCAAAAGAAGGCAAACAGAGAAAUGCAUUUUGGAUACACUUCCUGCACCAAGAAGAAAGCUUGGGAAGGUAUGUUGGGAAAGAAUAUAAAGAAGAAAAGGGGCUUCUUCAUCAUUUCAGUGAUGUGGAACGACAAAUGACUGCCCAAUACUACGUGACAGAAUUCAACAAAAGGCUGUAUGAGCAAAAGCUCCCUACCCAAAUCUUUUAUAUCCCAUCUGCAGUACUUCUGAUCCUGGAAGACAGAACAAUAAAAGGAUGUGUGAGUGUGGAGCCCUACAUCCUUGGGGAGUUUGUGAAGCUGUCCAAUAACACAAAGGUAGUAAAGAAUGAGUACAAAGCCACAGAGUAUGGUCUGGCCUAUGGCCAUUUCUCCUAUGAGUUCUCCAAUGGAACGGAAGUUGUUGUUGACCUGCAAGGCUGGGUAACAGGUAAUGGAAAAGGUCUCAUCUACCUCACAGACCCGCAGAUUCAUUCUCUUAAUAGCAAGGAUGUUUCACGCUCUAACUUUGGGAAGAGAGGAAUUUAUUAUUUCUUCAACAAUCAACAUGUGGAAUGCAAUGAAAUCUGCCGUUGCCUUUCUUUAACAAGACCCUCAGUAGAGACACCAGUGUAGACUCACAGAAGACAGCCAAAGAGAGUGUGGCCCAUAAGCUGAAUGGUACAGUGGUAUUAAUCAUACACACAAUUAGGAACAUGUUGUCUUGGUGAGAACAGGACCUCUGAGCUGACAUCCAUGUAAGCACGUGCAACAGUUUGGGAAAUGUAGUGUAAUGCUGGGUAGUACCAUGUUACCAUCUUGAGUACCAUCUGAAACAUGUGUUCUUACAACCAUCUGUGAGACUUAACAGAAGAACAUAAGAGAAAGAAGAAAACAGCCUCCAAAAUUCAGCUGAAAUGUACUACAAGACUGUACAAACCUCUAAUGCAUCUACAGACAAAGUUAGGGCAAUAGUCACCAUCUGCUCUUUGGAAAGAGUACAAAAUGGAGUGAGACAGAGACUUGCAUUUCAGCCAUCCGUAAAAUUCACAGAAAGUUGUAUAAAUGCUUCAAGGAACAAAUGGCAAUGUCUGGGGGUGAUUAAAAAAUAAAAUACAAUUUAUUUCAGAGGAGUGUUGGAACGCUAUAAUGCAAUGAAAAGUGUAGCAAUGGCUCAAUCACUCUUUCAAGGCCUCACUUAGCAUUUCUGCUACAAGUGUGUUCAUGGAUGUGACCAUGCAGUAUUAAAAUAGAUUGAAAUAAUGUUUUAACUGCAACAGCUGAGAAAGCUGCUGUUCUUCAAGAAAAAAAAAAAAAAAAAAGAAAAACCACAACAUUGUUCUCCAACCAGGAAACACUAUACAUGAAUAAUUUAGACCUGCUACAUCUAGCAAACUCUCAGCAGAGUUUCCCAAGGGUGGAACAGUUCUCACCUGAGGACAGUACCUCUUUUUGUCUGUAAGCACCAUAAGUUUCAUGAUUCUGUAAUGAAUGCCCACAGAUAACAGCCCCCACCAAGACGUGAUCUUCUUACCUCGCUCCACUCUGAUGCAGCCAAAGGCUAAACCUUUACCUGCACAAAGGGGAUUUUUCUUGAUGAUUCUGCCCAUGCAGGGGUCAUACUUUAUUCCCUCUCAUACAAACAGCUGCAACUCAGACUAUGGCCUUCAACUUAGACACUGUAGCUGAAUUUCUGUUAUUGUUUGUGGCUGUUACAUAGCAUUGUCCCCACAGAGACACAGAUAUUUAAGGCCAGCACUGGCCAACCUGGGUGUGCAUGCUGGCCAUGUGCUCCAACAGUGCGUGCUGGGUUAGAGGCACACUGUACAUCUCAGAAGCACAUGCUGGGAAGCAGACCCUUUCCAGCCUUGUGAAUGCUGGCUGUGCAGCUGAAAUCCCACUUCUUUUUCCCACGCAGGCUGGUAAGCUGAGUCCAACUCAGUGGCACCAUCAAAUAAUGCAUGCACAUGAUGUUACGGUGCUUCCCGAUUUUAUGGGCCUCUCUUAGCUGAGAAAACACCCAGAGGAGAGGGAGCAGGAGCUCAUGACACCAUGUGCUGCACCAAGUUAAGCAGGCUGGAGCUUUUGGUUGAGGGAUAAAGAAAAUAAAAGUUAUUAUCCAAACCAGGCCAAAAACUGCUCUGUGAAAGCCCAAGAAAAGGUGCUUGUGUAUCCCCCGUGAAAUAACAGGACUGGAGAUAGCACCUGCAGCUGCUCAGCAACCUGCCUCUAGGCAAAAUUAAACAUGAUGAGACCUUGGGUUUACUCUUCCCAGACCAUGCCAACUCACCCAGUGUGUGUGCACAGUCACCCACGUGCUACAGGGGUCCCCAUCGGACAAUUGGUGCACAGCCUUCCUGCCAUAUGCGGUGCUGAAAGCUGCCCUCACUGAUGUGCUGCCCUCACCGACGUGCUCCCCUUCUCACCGAGCCUCGAGGGUCUCUGCCCUGGGAUCGCUCCUCCUGGGGGAUUUGUGUGGAGAGAAAAGGAACACAGCAUUAAACUUCCACAGAAAGAUGGAUCCCAGCACCACAGCGUUAGCUUUAACAAAUCCAUCAGCUUUUGUUUCUGCAACCGGCAGAGAUUUUUAGGCUUUUGUUGUUGCUUUAUAGCAAUGCCAUUGUUUUCGAGGGGAUGUUUGCGCCGAGUUGUUUGGAAAGAUGCCCUAUCACCGCUCUGAACAAUUAGAGCUAGGUGUAAAGAGGGAGAAGCAAGAGAAAAAAAAAUUAAAUCUCUUUAUUAUGGUGCAUAAACCUUCAGUGCUGGGGAGCUGGGCAGCUGCACGGGAAGAAAAAUGCAUUCAAAAAUAUAAUGCUAGUGUGAAUAAUCCUUUCUCGAAUGCUGCUCGCAGACUGCUCCAGCUUUGUCAGGUGAACUUGAACUGGGCCAUCAGAUUUGCUGCCGUUCCCAUUGCACACUGUCUAUCACCCCGGGGCAUUCACCAUCUUGACUGUUGUUAAAAGGGAGCAAAACAAUCCAUCAUUGAGCCCGGGAGUCACUCGCUCAUAGAAAAGUAAAAUCGGCAUGUGACGGUACACUCAGCCCCAGUGUCUCGCAGAUUAAAGUGAUACAUGGAAGUUCACGUGUUACCGGGAAGAUUAAGCCAGUUAUCUUGUUCCACAGCCAAUAAAGGGCUGCCUUGUCUGCAGUGGGGGGUGUGCUGCCUUUAACCAAGUGACAGAAGCCAUGCAAACGUGGCUUCGUGCUGCCACAAAAAAGGACUCCGGACUACCACGGGGAAACAAAGAUGGUCAGCGAGACUUUGGGAAUGAAUCGGUGGCUGAAAUGUUGUGUUAAAUCUUUUCCUUCUCUGCAGAGGUGAUUAGAAGCAAAAGAAACCCUCCCAAACAAUCCCUGCAGAACAAAGUGUUCACAUGCACUGCCCACAGGCAGCCCCGCGACCCUGAGAAGCAGCACUUUUUUCCAGUCUGCUGCUUGCUUGACCAAAAAAAAUGUAUUUAGAUACGCUUUUGGAUGAAUGCAUACAUGGGGAAUUUUAAUAUUUGGAGUACUUCCCAACAUAGUAGUAUUAGCAUUUAGCAGCUGGUUUCUUUUGUUGUUUGAUGUAAGACACUUUCCCAUCCCAGCUAAAUUUAUGGCUACUGACAGAUUUCUGAAUGAGCAGCUUGAAAAAGUUGGCGUUGAGCGUCAGCUUGCCCUGUUCCCAGCAGCACCAGCACUGCAGUACUUGGCCUGGUUGCUCUGUCAGUCCCCAGCACAGGUCAGUACUCUUCACCCUUUGGGUAAGAGCUUAGAGCUUGGGACAACCAGCAACAUCUCUGUUCGGCUGUUUCCUCUGCUUUCCAAAGAAAGCCAUUUGGACCAGCCAACCAAAAUUCUUGUUUUUUGAGACAUUCAGACUUUUGUAUUAAGUAAGUUGCUUUAUAGGGUAGAUUCGUUAUCACUAAGGAUCACUAAGGACCAGUUCUGUGGUCUCUGCAGAAUGAGAGAAGCUCAUUGUAGAGGAGCAGUGAAACAUCCUUGCCAGCAGCAGGAUGUGAGGCCUGAAGGGCCGUCCAUGCCCCCAGUGAAAGCAGCAAACCAAGCCUGAAUAUCCCACCGCUGAUAGCGCAAUGGCCAUGUGCUAAUGCACUCCUCCCCAGUGCUUCAGGAACUUCUUCCACCUGCACCUCUGCAGGUCCCCGUGCUGCUGCCGUCGCCUCCACCACACCUCUGGGAACAGUGACUUCUCCCUGCCCUAUUCUCGCUUUUUCUUCUUUCCAACUAGAAUUUCGUCCCAUUAUUUAACAACAACAACGAAAUCAAACUUCCAAGACAGCAAGUUGCUAACAACCCAGCUGCUGCGGGAUGCUGCUGAGCAUCCCCCCUCCUAGCAGAUGGGGCACCUGGGGCUGUGCACCCAGCACCCCGCUUCCCAUUUUGCUUCCCGGAAUGCCACCACCAGCACCCACAGGUGCAUGGGGGCCUUUCGAGGCCUGAGCUGCUGUGCCGGGCAGGGGAAGCAUGAGCUGCCGUCAGCGCAGCUCAGGCCAUCACAUUAAUAGGGGUUGAUUUGCAAACGGCGUCACUCCCCCUGGCCCCCCUCUGCCCGACUCCCGCUUCUCCGCUCAAUGGCACAGAUGCUGCUUUGUGCUGCCCAGGACCAAGCGGCUAUUAGCAGCAAAUCCAGCGAGGGAAAUUAAUGAAGGCGACUACUAAUAAAAGGCAGCUCAGGACAGCCGUACCAACUUGCUCCGAGCAGUAAUUAACUUUUUUAAAACUCGCAAAGGUAAAUAUGCCAUCGGCUUUGGUCCGGUCGCUCUCCCUUUCAAUAAAAGCAGGGGGAGGGUGGAUGCUGGGGAGGCCACCGACACCGUCCUGCUGCCGGUCCUGCUGCUCAGAACUGAGAGCCCGUUUUCCUCAGAGCAGCUUUUCAGGCACCCCAGCAGCGUGCUGAGCUCGGCACAAGUGGUGAGCGAAAGCACUGCCAGGAGCUGCUGCUGGCUGCCAGAGCAGCCUGGGCCCAGCACGGCUUUCCCCAUGCACACAUACAAACACCCUUUCACAGAUAAACCUGUCCGACAUAUUUUGCAGUGUCGUUUCAUUAAAGUGUCAUUUCAUUUCUCUAAGUUACAUACGUACCUUCAUAUGGAAAUAAAAGAUGCACCAAUUUAACAGCCCCAGUAAUUGUCCCUUUCAGUUUGACAUAGAAUCAUAGGAUCAUAGAAUGGCAUGGGUCGGAGGGGACCUCAGAUCCCAUUAAGUUCCAACCCCCUGCCACGGGCUGGUUGCCCACCACCAGCUGAGGCUGUCCAGGG